CCCAGGCCUCGCCCGGACCGCAUCAGCUGUAUCAAGACGCCAACUUCAACUCCAUUCCACCCGCGUCUCUGCCAGCCCGUCCACACCAACCAGCAUUUCCGACCCAGACGAUACACCGCCGGAACUAUAUCGAGCCAUCUCCACCUGAGACUCGUUCCUUGGCUUCAGUCAGACAAGCAAGAUGUCAUCGCCCUUCUCAAUAAACGGCGGCGCCUGCGUCGCAAUGGUCGGCAAGGACUGUGUCGCCAUCGCCUGCGACCUGCGCCUCGGUCUCCAAGCCCUGACCGUGUCCAACAACUUCCCAAAGAUCUUCAGCUACGGCGACAGCGUGUACCUGGGCCUGACGGGCCUAGCCACAGAUGUGAACACCGUGUCCGACCUGUUCAGGUACAAGGUCAACAUGUACCGCCUGCGAGAGGAGCGUGCCAUCGCACCCACCACCUUCGCGAAUCUCGUCUCGAGUUCGCUGUACGAGAAGCGGUUCGGCCCCUACUUCGUCAGCCCUGUCGUCGCAGGGCUGGAGCCCAAGACGGGGAAGCCCUUCAUCUGCGGCUUCGACAGCAUUGGCUGCAUUGACUUCGCAAAGGACUUCAUCGUGAGCGGCACGGCGACGGAGCAGCUGUUUGGCAUGUGCGAGAACCUAUGGGAGCCCGAUCUGAGUCCCGACGAGCUUUUCGAAACCAUCUCCCAAGCUCUUCUGAACGCCGUCGACCGAGACGCCUUAUCAGGCUGGGGUGCACACGUCUACAUCAUCGAGAAGGACAAGGUGACAAAGAGACUUCUCAAGGGCCGACAAGAUUAAGCGGGUGGCCUUUGGUGAGGAUUGAAAUGGAAACGGGCAUAGAAGAGAGGCGCGGGAGAAGGCGCAUCCUGGUCCAGGAAAGGAAGGACGAGGAGCUACGAGACACUGUGCAUUGUAUGACUAGACACAUCACGACACAGCUGGCUGGAAUCAUCACAGCCAGCUAGAAUAUCAACCACCAUGACAAGAA